AGUGUAGAGCGUCCAGGGUGACGGGGGCACUCUGUUCGAGAUCUGCUCUGAGCGUGAUUUUUUCAACUUUUGAGGGAUAUUGCCGGAUAUCCGCCAGGUCGACUAAUAAGUAUCUUGCCUCGUCACUGUAGGCGCAGCAACGGCCGCGCACUCAAAUACACACGCGCUAUAGCGAGCAAAGCAGCUCCACCGCAAGAACUGCUGCUCAUGUCGGCGACGAUGCUGUAGUCGCAUCACGUUGCCUCGCUCUGGACGAAGGCACAAUAACAUUUGCCUUCCGCUGAGCAAGCAGCUACAGCUCUACUACCCGAGUCAUGAGUCAGAACGAUAGCUUCGCACAGAACGCAGUACCGCGUGAGCUCAGAUGCACCUACCGCAGUAAGCCCUGCCCAAAUGAGCGCGCUCGCAAGCGCAAUGGCUCACUACACAAGCUCUGCCAAACACAUCGACUCAAGGCCAACAAGACCCAGCGUGAUAUGCAACGUCGUCUACGCGAGCAGCGCAGACAGCAGCAACUCGACCGACAGCUCGCAGCCAUGCAGGUCAGCACUGAUGAUUUCCAAGCCAUGGUCGAUGAGUUCCUGAAGACCGAAAUUCCGCUAGAGCUAGACACAGACGCCGAUCUUGACAUGUGGGACGUCCCCGAGCCGCUUGAAGAGCCCACCGACUUGAAUCCUGAAGAUAUCGAGCUGUUGGUUGCGCUACUGGGCACAAGCCGUACCGCAUAAGCCGCUGGUUCCGCUGGCCAACGUUCUCCGUCCGACGGCAGUGAAAAUCACCAGCGUGCUCCAAAUUGAAUUCUGCACGUCCAUAAAUAUGAACCAGCCUGCCAUGUCGCGGGCUCUGAUCUCUGUCAGCAGGUUAAGCCUAUGUUGAUGAUAGAUAGUACCAACUAGCAAAAAACACUACAUGUCAAUGCGAUAAGUUUAAAUAUAAAUGAAUGUUACUAUUGAUAACUGAAUGACAAACAUUGA